UAAAAUAAAAUUGUUUGCACGACUUUUUUAACUUUCGCAUCUCGACUAGCGGCUGAGUCGCACGUGUAAGCGCGCAUUCAUAUAUUCUUCCCCCUUUUGGCAUAGUCGCGUUAAUAUCAAGUGUAGGCGUGUUAAUUGGAAAAUAAGUGCAUAUCAUACAAAAUAAAUUACGUAUACGCUCCACGCUCCGCAACUGGGAUAUAUACAUACAGACAAACACACAUAAAUGAUACCACAGACCAACUACCAAUGGCUAUAAAAACAAAAUCAACAGCAGCAGCGAAGAUGACUCAAAAACCGCAAUGUAAACAAGAUGAAGAACAACAACAACAACAAAAAUCGUACAAUUCACAUCGGCUGCAUCUUCAUUUGGGAACAACACCGUUUCAGCAGCAAACCGUUGCAAUUUCAAUGGUUGUUAUUAUUUUCGGAUUACUUUGUACUGCGAUUUGUGUCAGUGGGCAAGUUGAUGGUUACACCGCAGGCGUAGAUUAUCCAGCCUAUGAGUCGGUGCCAAAAGGACUCUCAUUCAAAUGCAGAAAUCGACUGCCUGGUUACUAUGCUGAUACGGAGACGCGUUGUCAGGUCUGGCAUUGGUGCCUGCACUCGGGUCAUCAAUAUUCAUUCAUCUGCCCCAACGGUACCGUUUUCAAUCAAGCCGUACGCGUAUGUGAUUGGUGGACGAAUGUCAAUUGCCCAGUGGCCGAACAAUUGUACAAAAACAACGAUGAAUUGUACCGUACCACCGAAGCAAAUCCCGAACAGAACCUCUGAUAUAAGGCCAUUCAAGCUAUAAAUCAAACCAGUUUAUUGAGCCAACCAAAACAGAAUUAUCAAAAUCAAAUACAGCAGCAGCAAGCGAAUCGACAGCAACAACAACAGCAACAGCAGCAGCUGCAGCAUGUACAACAACAACUGCAACAACAAAAACAAAGAAAAUCUAAAGAAUUUCAAAUGGAAGAUGCCUAUUAUGAUGCUCGUGAAAUUAAUGGCUUGAGUGAGCUAACCAUAACAGAAUAUGGCCGAAAACAAAUGCGCUACAAUAAACAACCACAAUCACAACAACAACAGCAUUCACAGCAGAAUUCUUUGCUGACCACUCAUAAUUUACCAAAAAGUAGUUUUAGAGGCAACAUCAAAUACUCACAGAAUAAUGGAAAUACUUACGCGGUUGGCGGUAAUAAAUAUAGCAACAAUAACAACAACAACAACAACAACCAUAAUUAUCAAUAUAAGAGCAAUAGUAGUAGUAGUAGUAGUAGUAGCAACAGCAAUAAGAAUAAGAACAACAUUGGCUAUAGUAUAUCAAAUCAAAUUGGCGGUUCCAAUGAUCGCAACUUGAAUAGUCGAAAUCACAACAGCAACAAUAGCAAUAAUCACAACCACAACAAUAACUCACAGAGUAAGCAUAGCAGAAAUAAAGGCACAUCGAGCAAUGCCAAUAAUCUGGAUAAUGAUGAACUUAAAGACUACAAGAGUAAAAUCAAAAACAAAUACAACAUUGACUAUGACCACUCGCUGGAUGAUGAGUAUGAAAUAAUCGAGGCCAUCGAAUAAGUCGAAUAAAUGUGUCUAUGCAAUCGUUAACUGCAGUUAGUUCAAUGAUGAACUUGAUGAUCUUGAGCCGAGUUGUAAUGAUGGCGUUGGUGCUAGCGUUUACCGGCGUAUUGGUAGCAAUUGACCCUUUAGCUGUUGAGACCCUUCAAGCUCGCAGUGUCCUCGAUUAGCUUUGUUUUCUAUUUACCCGGGUUGUCUUAGCUGUUAAGUUAUCUUUUUGGGUUUGUCAUACGAAAUUCAUAUUUUCUUUUCUUUAUUGUUUUUAAUUUUUUUUGAUUUUUCUCUGAUUGUUUUCAUGUAUAAUUGAUAAACUCGAUUUCCUAGUUAUAAGUUGUAAAAUU